CCCGCUCUCACUUCAGAUCUCGCGAGAGCUCCGAGGCAGCGGCCCAGGGCCAACAUGGCGGAAGAAGAGGUGGCCAAACUGGAAAAACAUUUGAUGCUUCUCCGUCAGGAAUAUGUCAAGUUGCAGAAGAAGCUGACUGAGACGGAGAGGAAAUGCACUCUCUUGGCCGCUCAGUCUAACAAGGAGAGUGCCAGCGACUCCUUCAUCAGUCGGCUGCUUGCCAUCGUAGCAGAGUUGUAUGAGCAGGAGCAAUACAGUGACCUGAAGAUAAAGGUUGGAGACAAGCGCAUCAGCGCUCACAAAUUUGUAUUGGCAGCUCGCAGCGAGACUUGGAGCCUGGCCAACCUGGUGUCUACGGAGGAGCUGGAUCUGUCAGAUGCUGACCCAGACGUGACAACGGCGAUGUUGCGAUGGAUCUAUACAGAUGAGCUGGAGCUGAGAGAAGAUGACGUAUUCCUGACCGAGCUGAUGAAACUGGCAAACAGGUUUCAGCUGCAGCUCCUCAGGGAAAGGUGUGAAAAAGGAGUCAUGUCACUUGUGAACGUCAGAAACUGCAUCCGCUUCUAUCAAACAGCUGAGGAGCUGGACGCCAGCACUUUGAUGAACUACUGUGCAGAGAUAAUUGCUAGUCAUUGGGAUGAUUUGAGGAAAGAAGACUUUAGCAGUAUGAGUGCUCAGCUAUUGUAUAAAAUGAUCAAAUCCAAAACAGAGUUUCCUUUGCACAAAGCUAUUAAAGUGGAGAGAGAAGAUGUCGUUUUCCUGUAUCUUAUUGAAAUGGAUUCACAGCUGCCUGGGAAGCUAAACGAAGUAGAUCACAACGGAGAUCUUGCUUUAGAUCUGGCACUUUCUCGGAGGCUGGAAAGCAUUGCAACCACCCUGGUUAAUCACAAGGCAGAUGUGGACAUGGUGGACAAGAAAGGCUGGAGCUUGUUGCAUAAAGCUAUUCAAAGGGGAGAUAAAUUUGCUGCUAGCUUCCUUGUUAAAAACGGUGCCCGGGUGAAUGCUGCAACCUUGGGGGACCAGGAGACUCCCUUGCACCUUGUGGCCUCCUACAGCCCCAAGAAGCACAAGCCGGACAUCAUGGCAGAGAUGGCGCAGAUUGCAGAAUCCCUCUUGAAGGCAGGAGCCAAUCCAAACAUGCAGGACGGCAAAGGAAGGACUCCACUGCAUGCCUCCAUUGUUGUGAGAAACGACCAAGUAUUCAGCCAGCUGCUCCAGUGCAAGCAGCUCGAUUUGGAACUGAAGGAUCAUGAAGGAAGCACUGCUUUGUGGCUUGCUGUUCAGUAUAUCACGGUGUCUUCUGACCCGUCCGUCAACCCCUUUGAGGAUGUCCUGGUGGAAAACGGCACUUCCUUUGAUGAGAACAGCUUUGCGGCCAGGCUCAUCCAGCGGGGCAGCAAUACGGACGCUCCCGACACAGCGACCGGAAACUGCUUGCUGCAGAGAGCAGCAGAGGCAGAAAACGAGGCUGCCGCUCUAUUCCUGGCAACUCAUGGGGCCAAAGUGAACCACCGGAAUAAAGCGGGGGAAACCCCGCUGCACACAGCUUGCCGGCAUGGCCUAGCCAACCUCACGGCAGAGUUGCUGCAGCAAGGAGCAAAUCCUAAUAUCCAGACGGAGAAAGCCGUGCCUGCCCAGAAGGGGACAGCGACGCCCAGCACAGCAGAUAACGUCAGCCUGCAAACUCCUCUUCACAUGGCAAUAGCUUAUAACCACCCAGAUGUGGUAUCCGUCAUACUGGAGCAAAAAGCAAAUGCCCUCCAUGCUACCAACAAUCUGCAGAUCAUUCCUGACUUCAGUCUCAAGGACUCCAGAGACCAGACAGUCCUGGGAUUAGCUUUAUGGACAGGAAUGCACACUAUUGCUGCUCAGCUGCUUGGCUCUGGGGCCUCCAUCAAUGACACGAUGUCAGACGGGCAGACUCUGCUGCACAUGGCAAUACAGAGGCAGGACAGCAAGAGCGCCCUCUUCCUCCUGGAGCACCAAGCAGAUAUCAGCGUCAGGACUCAGGAUGGUGAGACGGCCCUCCAGCUGGCCAUCAAAAACCAGCUCCCUCUUGUGGUCGAUGCGAUCUGCACUCGGGGAGCAGACAUGUCUGUGCCAGACGACAGAGGGAACCCUCCGCUCUGGCUCGCUCUGGAAAACAACCUGGAAGAUAUUGCUUCGACUCUGGUGAGACACGGCUGUGAUGCAACGUGUUGGGGUCCAGGACCGGGAGGCUGCUCACAGACUCUGCUGCACAGGGCCAUCGAUGAGAACAGCGAACAGAUCUCCUGCUUCCUUAUCCGCAGUGGCUGCGACGUCAACAGUCCGAGGCAGCCAGGGGCCAAUGGCGAGGGCGAUGAGGAAGCCCGUGAUGGACAGACGCCCUUGCACUUGGCGGCUUGUUGGGGCCUUGAAGAAACAGUGCAGUGCCUUCUAGAGUUUGGAGCCAAUGUAAACGCACAGGAUGCAGAAGGGAGAACGCCCAUCCACGUUGCCAUUAUCAACCAGCACAGUGUCAUUAUCCAGCUGAUGAUCUCGCACCCGGAAAUCCAGCUUGGCAUACGGGACCGGCAAGGCAUGACCCCUUUCGCCUGUGCCAUGACAUACAAAAACAACAAGGCAGCAGAGGCGAUCCUGAAGCGGGAACCAGGAGCGGCCGAGCAGGUGGACAACAAAGGCCGGAAUUUCCUCCACGUGGCCGUUCAGAGUUCCGAUAUCGAGAGCGUGCUUUUCUUGAUCAGUGUCCAGGCAAACGUCAAUUCCAGGGUCCAGGAUGCCUCCAAGCUAACUCCGCUGCAUCUUGCCGUGCAGGCUGGCUCUGAAAUCAUUGUGCGUAACCUGCUGCUUGCAGGCGCCAAAGUCAACGAACUGAACAAGCACCGCCAGACAGCCCUCCAUCUCGCUGCCCAGCAAGACCUUCCCACCAUUUGCUCGGUUCUCCUGGAGAAUGGAGUGGACUUUGCAGCUGUGGAUGAAAACGGGAACAACGCCCUGCACCUGGCAGUGAUGCAGGGACGUCUGACUAACAUCCGUGCCCUCCUGACAGAGUGCACUGUGGACGCAGAAGCUUUUAACCUCAGGGGUCAGUCCCCGAUGCACAUCCUGGGGCAAUACGGGAAGGACAAUGCGGCAGCCAUCUUUGACCUCUUCCUGGAAUGUAUGCCGGAGUAUCCUCUCGACAAGCCAGACGCUGAAGGGAACACCGUGCUUCUCUUGGCCUACAUGAAGGGAAAUGCCAACUUGUGCCGGGCCAUUGUGAGAGCCGGCGCUCGCCUGGGUGUCAACAACAACCAAGGCAUCAACAUCUUCAACUAUCAAGUUGCAACCAAACAGCUUCUCUUCCGGCUGUUGGACAUGCUGUCCAAAGAACCCCCCUGGUGUGAUGGCUCCAAUUGUUACGAAUGCAGCGCCAAGUUUGGGGUCACGACAAGGAAGCAUCACUGCCGGCACUGCGGGCGCCUUCUCUGCCACAAGUGCUCAACCAAGGAGAUCCCCAUCAUCAAAUUCGACUUGAACAAGCCUGUCCGGGUCUGCAACAUCUGUUUUGACGUCUUGACUCUGGGCGGAGUUUCCUAGUUCCCCUGCGCAAAGGAGAGUGACUCCCGGGCCACGCCCCUCCUUCCUCCUUGCAAACCGCCUAUCGCAGGGAUGUGGGUUGCGGGGGGACGGGGGAACUAUUUUGUCUUCCUGUUAACGGCCGAGACUGAUUGACUUAAGGGACCACGCAAACACUAUAUUCCAGUAUAAAUGGGUUUUGUACGAAUGUUAACGCUAGAAAACUGGAUCGGGAACAACUUGGAACUCUUGCAAAGUUGGUGCAAGAACAAAUGUGAACUGAGUGAGAGGCCCUCUCCUUACUCUGGUGCGGGGCAGAGAAAAUGAAAAUUUUGCAUUUGUGGAUCAUGUAACAUAGCAGUCCUGUGCAAAUGGCUGCCGAGCUGUGAGCAGGGCUGCUUUGAAGCCCAAUCACAUUGUGGGGUGCGGGAGGGGUGGGUGUUUGAAUAUUGUGAGCACUUAACAAAUUCCUGGGUAACUGUGUGAUGACCUUCUUGUUACCUUCCUGGAGAGAAGGUUCUGGUUCCCUCGCUGGCUUUUGUCCUAAAAUGGGCAACUGUGCUAUGCACAGUGAGUGUUCCCUUCCAGAAGAAGCUGCUGUCUUCAAAACAGGGUUUUGUUGUUGAAAUGCAUUUGCUGAAGAAUUCCUUUGUGUGGCCUUACGACAGAAGCUUUACAGUUUCUCCUGCUUGAACAGGAGCUGCAACGGCAGCUCCCGUGCUGUCAGAACGUUGAUUUCUUCCCUUCCCAAUCUGCUCUCUUCCAUGUUAAAAAUAAAGAUUAAAAAAUAGGCAGGAGGAGGAGGACAGACAGACAGAGAAAGCGAGCUUCAUUACCAAAUUAAAGGCUCCUGGAAGGGAGGAAAAGCUGCUGGCUGGCCCUUUCAGCACAUAUCGAUAACUUUGCAAAUAGUCAUAUGUUUACAGCAGUUUUCGCCAAGCUGGUGCCCGCCAGAUGUUCUGGGCUCCCAUCAGCGCCAGCCAACGCGAGUCCAGAUCAUCCGAAGGGCAGCAGCUGGGCAAAGGCUGGUUUACAGAGAUGUUGGAAGGAAGGUCCAGCGGUUUGGACUAGCUCGGCAUUGGGGAACACAGUGUAGGAGCUAGCACAGAGCAUCUGGAUCCGGCUAGUUGCUUUGAUGGACGGGGUGGGACAAGGCAGGGGUGACGGUGGCACAGAGCCUGAUGUGAGGGUGAUGAUCCAGUGGGAGCCGAUUGCAAAGGCAGCCGAUUCCUAGCUGCACCUCUGCUGACCACCCGGAGUUCCCAGCUGCCGUGUUGUUUUUCCCGAGGCCUUCUCCGUUUAAGAUGCUGUUAGUGACUUGGCCCUCUUGAGGAGCUCUGCAUCCAAGCUGCGCUCGCCGAGAUCACUGCAGGUCCAAUGCUAGGCCAAUAUCACCUGGCCUUAACUGGUUUUCUUUUUUUUUACACACACAUACACACUUUUUUCCACAACGGCUAACUGUCCAUUGGGUCCGCUUCUUCCAAUGGAGCACAAGGGCGUCCCUGCAAAAGCAGGCCCUGACGCUGAAGAGGCUGUUUGGGUGUGACUGAUAACAGCAAGCAAGAAGACGCCCCACGUGCUCAGACGUAAAGCUCUUUGCCUUCUUAGAAACACAAAGUCCAGGGAGGUGGACGUGGCAAAGUCUUCUGUCGCUGCUCCAGACGAAUCGGUUGGGAUGUGUCUCUUAACCUCAGUAACCACUACUUUUUCAGUCUGUGUGUACAUAUAUAUGUAUAUAUAUAAGGGGGAGGGGAAAAUAUCAUUUAUAACGUCAGAUCUCGUUUUCUUCCUUCCCCUCUGCCCCCCCUUCUAGAAUACUAAUGUGUCAUCCCCUACUUACAUAUGUUUGUGUGUAAAAAGAGCUGAAAAACCACAGUGCUACUUUUUUAUAGGAUAUAACAGCUUUAUAUGUUCAAUAAAAUCCUGGGCUAUGUGCAGUAAAAGACAACUGGGGGGGGAUCUAUGAAGAUUGACGCUAAAAACAAUACAUUUCAAGUGGGGUUAGCCCUUCUGACCUCUGUCAGGGGAAGAACUGGAACGCCAACCCUCUUCAAUUACGUGUGGGUUUGCUGUGUUUUCCACACCAUCACCUUGUGGGGAGAAUUCCUGCUUGUCUCUGCUCUCCUCUUCCUGCCCCCAGCCCUUUGCUCCAAAAUAAUCUGUCUCAACACCUUCUUGACCUGCCUUUAUCUCUCUGCCCCUGAGGAGUAAGUCAUUUAGGAAGGGAUGCCCUUUUCACAAAAGGCUUGUUCCACAGGAGCACCGGAGAGGGGAAAAGAAGCAGUGGGACAGUAGCAUUUCACCUGGGAACGGUCUCUUGACACGUUGGAUGGUCUCUCCAAGGCCAGUUUAACACUGCACAGGUGCCAGCGAUGGAGCUCAGUCAUGCACCAUGAAUCCGAUCCUAUGUUAAAAGUUCCCCUUUCUAGAUUCACAGGCAUUGAUCUGAACUGGCAUCGUGUGUGUGACUAACCCAAAAAAGCAGAGUAAUAACUUCCAGGUUGUUAGCAUUUGAGCAAAUGAUCCACUGCAGAAGCUGCCCGUGCACACAGCCCCACAGAGCCUGGGAAUUGAGAAUAGGGGGUUUUCCAGGAUGGCGGUGCAUUUUUGGGUUCUAGGUGGACUUUGUCGGGUUGCACAAAACUAAUCACUGUAAAGCACUUUUAAUAAAAGCUUUUAAGCCUGAGUCUGCAUGACUGGCCCAAAGAUUGUGUUACCAGGGGAGAAAUCCACCAUAGCCUGCGAAUUGGCUGGAAGAGGCUGCAGUGGGAAUUAUUUCUUCAGAUCAGAGAGGAUUCCAACGUCCACCAAAUCUCAUUCUGCUGUAGCUUGCACUAUAAUUUGAUCAGUUGACUUGCUGUGAAAUGGAGCCC